CCAAGUUCUUCACUCUUCUUUACCUCGUGAUCUAUUCAUGUGGUAUUCUCGUUGUUCUGAUUCUCGAGGCGUUAUGGCGUACGUUGUGGAAAGGCAGUCGACAUAUCAACAACCCCAUCUUUUGACAGGAUCGCAAAACUUGAAGGAAAUUGUUUGCUGAGACCUUUGAUCAAUUUCCUGGUCUUCCGCAAGUCGUCAGAUCCAGAUUCCCCGCGCUUGUAAAACUUUUUCCAGGCACUGAACCUUGCCUUUUAAUGGUCUUGAACCGAGUAAGAAGGUUUCUCGGAAGGUGCGAAGUCUCGAGCGUUCGUCUGUUUGGUGAUGCAAUUACAGCAAAAACUUCGGCAGCUGUCCUACUUAACCUCGCGACGUCCCUGUCUUGGAAGCUUGAUAUUCUUAGUUGCAAAACCGUCACUCGUGGUCAUCAACAAGUGUUCCAGCUGGGAAUUAAUUUCAUGCGACAAGUCAAAUAGCAGUUUUGCCUGACGUUGCAUGUGGAAAAUAUUCAUCGACAUGUCAUUGUCGCAAUUACCGGUAGAAUACCGGACUCACAUCUCAUACGAGUCGGCAUGUCGACUCGUGAUUGUCAUAUACUUGGGACACUUUGUGCACACCCACGCUGCACCACCUGGCAAUCUCGAACCCCUCAUAGUAUUGGUUUUUUCCAACAAUAAAUGCGGAAAGAAGAGAUUAUCCUCAUAUCUCCCGGUUUUGCAACUCGCACCGAACUUUGACCGAUCGCCAAUAACUUAUAGCCUGAGGGUUACGGCCCUUCAGCUCGCGAAAGCUGAUCUGACGGUGUACGAGAACGAUGCUCUUGGGUCUGGAUGGGAAAACUGGAGUUGGGGUUCCACCAUCGACUUUGCAGCGAAGGAUAUCUUCGACGGCACAAGCAGCGUUUCUGUCACAUCUGAUGCGUACUCUGGUCUUUCCGUGAAGUUGGAAGGAACUUUCCCCCAAUAUGCUGGUCUCCGGUUCGACAUUUCGGGAGCUCAACCGGAUGUGCAGAUUUAUUUCUCUGCAACCGAUACCUCGGCGCAGUCCCCAAGUAUUCCUAUCUCUGCCAUUAGCAAGGAAGUCACAGCCAAUGGUUUCACUUCGUUAUUGAUCGACUUCAAGGCUUUGCCAGGUACUGGGGCUACACUGCCUACCGCAAACUGGGACCGUAUCACCUUCCAGGCUGGUGGUAAUGGUGCAUCAUACCACCUGGACAACAUUAUCUUCGUCGAUUCAAUCGUUGUCGUACCUCAAUUCCUCAGUGCGGAGCCUUUAGCCAGCAACCUUCUUGCUGUCACUACUGUCGGAGCCGUCAACCUUAAGGACAUCGUCGUCAAACUCAACGGAAAGGCACUUUCCGUCUCCAGUACGAAGACCUACUCGCCUCCAGAUACUCCUUCGAAGACCAUAAACUACCUGGCUCUGGCAUCGCCUUUUACCUCCGGCUCACUUGUCAUCACUGCAGGUAACUCCACCUUUGGCCAUACGAUUCCGGCAGCCCAAAGCGGAAGCAUAGCAACACAAGGCUCAUUAGCUAUCAGCCCCCUCAUCUACGGAGUCAACUUCCCAACGGAUGCCAACUACAUCAAGACUCUCGGUGUCACCUUUUCGCGUUGGGGAGGCAAUACCGCCACAUCCUAUAACCCCAAUGGUGACUUCAUCAACGCUGGUGCCGACUGGUACUUUGAGAACCGAGGAAGUGACAAGGCGGACGAUUGGUUGGGUUGGGUUAACGGAGCGGGCUCGAGUUCUUUGAUGACCGUACCUGCACUGGAUUGGGUUGCUAAGGACAACUCUUCUUACUCUUAUCCCAAAACGCUGUACCCUGACCAGCAAGCUUUCGAUCCCUUUAAUGCUGACGCAGGCAAUGGGAAAUUGCCCGAUGGUACACCCGUAUCGCCGGCGACUGAACCAAACCGUUCUUACACUACUUGGAACCCAACUCUCGCGAAGCAAUGGUUAUCCUCUCUGAAGAAUAAGCCAGCUUUCAUCGCGAUCGAUAACGAGAUCGAAAUUGCUCAUUCGACGCAUCAAGACAUGCACUCGCAGCCCAUUAACUAUGACGAAGAGCUCAAACGAAUCGUCGACUUCGCAACGGUUGCCAAGCAAGCACUUCCAAGUGCCAAGGUUGUUGCGCCUUCGACUUGUGCGUGGUGGUUCUACUGGACGAGUUCUGUUGGAUGGGACGACACCGCGGCUCACGGAAACAUUGACUUCCUCCCUUGGUUCCUACAGCAGAUGGCUAAGCAUGACAGGAGCACUGGCACUCGAUUGUUGGAUUACCUCGAUAUCCACUACUAUUUCCAAGGGGAUACAAGUGCGAACGAUGCAGCUGCAAAGGCAAUCAGAUUGAGAAUGACGCGUAGUCUUUGGGACCCUACCUACGUCGACGAUUCCUGGGUCGGUCAGGAACCUCAACAGAACCACCAACCGAAUCCCACCAAGAUCCAGUUGAUUCCGCGCAUGAAGAGCCUCAUAGCUCAAAACUAUCCGGGCACUAAACUGUCGAUCAGUGAAUGGAGUUCUACGAAUGACCAAGACAUCACAGGAGGACUCGUUACUGUAGAUAUGCUUGGUAUUUUUGGAAAGUACGGCCUCGACGCGGCGACGUACUGGGCUACUCCCGAUCAACUGGGACCUGUAGGAUUAGCGUAUUGGCUCUUCCGAGGCAAUAAUACAUUCUUCGGCAGCUCUAGCGUGCAGGUUAGCCUGUCAAGUUCAUCGAGUCCCGAUACGGUGAGCGUGUACGCCGGAACUCAAAAUAGCAAGUUAUCGGUUGUUAUCAUCAACAAGAGCCCGAGCGCACCUCUUUCAUACAAAUUCUCGAACUUCCCUGCUGGAACGUACUUCAUCAGGCAUUUCGGUGGUGGUGCUGGUGUGGCCAAAUGGCAGACGGAAACCACGCUGAAAGCGAGUGAUUUCCUCGUAGUGCCACCUUACACGGCAAUAUUCCUUCUUCAGAAAUAGUCUCAGUCGCUAAAUAUCACUUUUGUGGUUACCGCAACGAGUAACGUGUACUAUAGUAAGCUAGG